AUGGUGAAGACCAUGACCAUGUCCAUGACCAUGACCAUGACGACUGGGCCAGCGACCGCCUGGCCUAGACUACAGUAUCUAAGAUGGAUGGACCAGACAGGCCAGACCAACACCAAAACUCUACUGUACCGUGCCCAGGGACGGGCCGAAGUCAGAUACGCUGUACCUGUUCUCGUGCCUGGCCAGGGCUGCCUCGUCAUGUAUUGUUCAUCUCGAUCUCGGAUCUCCGUCGACGAGGACGAGGACGAGGACCUUUCGCCCAUUGCAAUUCCAAUCCCACCCUUGCACGAGAGCAAAUGCUCUCCCUUUCUCCCUGGCCUGGCGACCUUUUGA